AUGGAUGAAGGUCAUGAGGAAAAUAGCUCCUGUGAGGGUGAAGAGUCUAAGUUACCAGUACAGUUGGCAAUUGUAGGACGGCCCAAUGUUGGAAAGUCUACCUUGCUAAAUGCCUUAUUACAAGAAGAUCGUGUUUUGGUGGGACCAGAAGCUGGUUUGACUAGAGAUUCAGUUCGAGCUGAGUUCCAACAUGAAGGGAGAACCAUUUAUUUGGUUGACACAGCAGGCUGGUUGCAAAGAACAAAGCAGGAGAAAGGACCAGCAUCCUUGAGCAUUGUGCAAUCAAGAAAACACCUUAUGAGGGCUCACGUGGUUGCUUUAGUCCUUGAUGCCGAAGAGAUUGCAAAAGCUGGGCGGAGCAUGAAGCAUGCUGAAGUAGUUAUAGCUAGGCGUGCGGUGGAAGAAGGGAGAGGUUUGGUUGUUAUUGUAAACAAGAUGGAUCUCCUAAGAGGAAAACAAAAUACUAAGUUAUAUGAGAGUGUCAUCAAAGCAGUUCCUGAAGAAAUUCAGACUGUUAUACCCCAGGUCACAGGAAUACCAGUUGUAUUUGUUUCAGCACUGGAAGGAAAGGGUCGGAUAGCUAUAAUGCAUCAGGUGAUUGAUACAUAUGAAAAGUGGUGUUCGAGAUUGCCAACAGCUCGUCUUAACCGUUGGUUGCGCAAGGUAAUGAGCAGGCAUUCUUGGAAAGAUCAGGCUGCUCAAUCCAAGAUCAAAUAUUUCACUCAGGUGAAGGCCAGACCGCCUACUUUUGUUGCCUUUGUGAGUGGGAAGACACAGCUCUCAGAUACGGACCUGAGAUUCUUAACAAAAUCGUUAAAGGAAGAUUUUGAUUUGGGUGGCAUUCCUGUCCGGAUCAUGCAGCGCUCAGUACAGAGGAAUACUGAGGAUAGUAGUGGCAACAGCAAGAGCAAGCAAUACCCUGGAAAAAUGGUGAAGAUGGUGUCUGAUAAAAGAAGCAUCAUAGAGGAACAAGUUGUUUAAAAGGCAUGCACCAGAAACCCAUAGCCUAAACCUAAAAAGUGGGGGAGAAAAAUAAAGAAAAUAAUGCUUAUUUUUUUAUUUAUUUAUAAAUGCCAUGUGAGACGCUGUAGUCGAGCACAAGGCACUCCUUGUUUAGCCGAAUAUAUACAUGUAGAUAUGAAUGUAUAUUUAGAGCAGUUGGAAAAAGGAAGUUAUUCUUCGAAUGCGUACAUAUGUGUUACUUUCACGUGAUGCAUGUAGG